AUGGGACAAGAUGGCCUGCUGGCUAUAGGUGGACCACGCGGGACAACCAGGCCCGGCUCCAACGGCCGCCUUUACAUCAGAACAUCCUGCCGAAGGGAGCCGCGCAUCGGAGAUGGCCGCCUGAAGCCAUGGGAGGACCGGUUCAUGGAGGUGAACGGGAUUGAGAUGGAUGGCCAAAGUCUCAGCAGGCAGGCGGUGCAGAUACUGCGGCAGACGAGUGGGAUGCAGUCGUUGACCUCGUCGUCUCACGCCAGGAGGUGUUUUGACACAACGCUGCCCCGAGAACUGGUGGCGCUUGACUCAGUGCCUGCAGGCACCCUCUCUUGCCGGCCGGCGGAGAAGCUAGGCGAGGACGUGCUGCUGACGCCCGGACUGCAGAAGGAGAUCCUCACGUUCGAGAUCGCCGUCAACGAUACGGGAUCUGCCGGCCUCGGCGUCAGCGUGAAGGGAAAGACGACGAACACGCCCAACGGACCGAAAGAUCUCGGCAUCUUCAUCAAGUGCGUGAUCCAUGGGGGCGCGGCGCACAAAGAUGGCCGCCUGCGCACCAACGACCAGCUGCUGUGCGUUAACGAGCAGGGCCUCGUCGGUAAGACUAACGACGCGGCGAUGUCGGGCCUGCGACACGCGAUGCAGGGAGGGCCGGGCGACGCGGCGGCGGCAGCGGCAUCAGUAGCUGCUGACAGCAUCACCGUGGUGAUCGCGCGGCGUCUGCCGUCCACCGCCGACUCAAACAAGAGCAUGGACUCGAGCGACGGCAACGUCGAAUACCUCGCCAUCACAAAGGUGGACAAUGAGCUUUACGCGGAGGAGACGACGGGCGACGGCUCAGAGGACACGAACACGACGAACACGCUCAGCACGGUGGUGCCCUCUCGUGGCCCCGUCGGCGACGGGCCCCCCCUGCCGAGCAUGCAGAGAAACCCGGUGAUUGACAGGCUGACUGGUACCAACAAACUCUACAACGACUCGUACUACCGAGCGACGCACGAGAGCAUGAUGGAGGGAACGGCGCAGGAGAGCAUGAUGAUGGAGGGAGCGACGGACGAGCCGGACGGAGGACGCAUGGUGCGGUCGCCGGUGAGGGAGGCGCGGCGCGGGGGCGUGCGCUCUCCUCCCGUCAUCGACGUCGCGCAGGAGACAAUGAGGAUCGUCGCUGACUACGACAAACAGAAUGCGUGGCAGCCGCCUCCCAGCAGCCGCGGCCGUGGCACGGCGACCGAGGUCAGCAGCAGCAGUCUGCCACCAGAUGUCAGCACGAGAGCACCCGAGCCGCCGGCGUGGCUCAUCAACUGGCAGGAAGAGUCGAUUGAGAUGUAA